CUUGAGUACAUAUAUAAGCAUACAAAUACAUGCACUCAAUUUACAUGAUUCAUAAAUAUAAAUUACUGAUGAAAAAGGCAUUAUCCAUUGUUUAUUCUAUCAUUUCCGCUUUUUACCUGAACAACAGUUUAAUUAAAUAAUAUUGCGAGUCAAAUAGCAAAGUUACUGAACUGUUGAAUAGAUUAAAUACUUACUGACAGAGCCAACAGAAAGUAAAAAGAAACUCUGAGCAACAAAAAAUAAGGACAUAACUGUUUUUGUGAUAAGUGGAAUUUGUCUGUCCAACUACUACUACUACUAUCACUACCACCCCCCUUCAUGUCAUUCUGACGACUACUAACAUACUAAUAAUUGUCUAUUGCUUGAUGUGUGUGUACCUCUACGUGACCUUCAAGUGGUAACCAAUCAAAUCUAUCGCUUUUGAAUCAGUGGUAGACGAAGUUUGUGAUUGUUGAUUAUUCAAAUCUCAAAACCAAUAGUAUUAUUUAUCGUACAUACUGAAAGUCUAUUGUAUGAUAAUGACGAUGAAGGACGAAGUUGUCGUUCCCCCUGGUCUAAGGGAAUUAUUACAAGAAUUAACUGUGUCUAUACUGCGAGAACACCCUGAUAAUUUAAUUCAGUUUGCUAUUGAUUUCCUAAUGAUGAAGAAGGCGGCAUCAGAAAAUCGUCCAAAUAAAACAACUGAAAGUGAAGAUGAAGAUGAGGAACCUAUGCCUAUACCUCCACAAAGAGCUACUCGAAGAGCUGGUGUAGCUGCGGAAAGUUAUGAUCCAGAAAAAGAUGAUACUUCAAAUGUAGAGAAAGUUGUACAUCCUAAAACAGAAGAACAACGUCGAAGAUUAGCUCAAGCCACUAAAGAUAUUCUCCUUUUCCGAUGUCUUGAUGAUGAUCAAAUGAAAGAUGUUAUUGAUGCCAUGUACGAACGUCAUGUAUCACCUGGUGAAAAAGUAAUUACACUUGGUGAAGAUGGUGAUAAUUUUUAUGUAAUAGAAAAAGGAGUUUAUGAUAUCAUUGUGAAAGUUAGUAAUGAAGAAAAAACUGUUGGAAAAUACGACAAUAAAGGGUCUUUUGGUGAAUUGGCACUGAUGUAUAAUACACCACGAGCUGCAACCAUUUUAGCCAAAACUGAAGGUGUAGUUUGGGUAAUGACACGUGAAGUUUUUCGUUCAAUUGUAUUGAAAAAAGCAUUUGAAAAACGUAGAUUAUAUGAAGAACUACUUAAUCAAGUACCAAUCCUAGAAAGUCUCAGUGCUUAUGAACGCAUGAGUAUUGCAGAUGCAUUAAGAACAAAAAUCUUCAAAGAUGAUCAACAAAUUAUCAAACAAGGUGAUCCAGGUGAUGAAAUGUUCUUUGUUGAAGAAGGCAAAGUACGCAUUAAAAUGAAAAGAAGCGGAGAAACAGAAGAAAAAGAAGUAGCUGUUAUUGAAAAAGGUGGUUAUUUUGGUGAAUUAGCUUUAUUAACAAGUCAUCCACGUGCUGCUUCAGCAUAUGCUGAUGGUCAUACUAAACUUGCUGUAUUGGAUGUUGGAAGUUUUGAACGUUUACUUGGUCCUUGCUUAGAUAUACUCAGAAGGAAUAUUGACGAUUAUGAAGCUAAACUAAAAAAUAUUUUUGGUAGUUUAGAUAAAGUACCGGAAUUAAGACGUUAAUUAUGAAUUACUUUUGAUGAUUAACGUCUUGAUUUACAUGUGAUCACCGAUUACUAUAAUAAUUAUUAUUCUUAUCGUAAUUACACUGUUCUUUGUGUUCAACCGAAUGAUCCAACUUUCAUGGAUAUUCAUAUUCUUUGAUUAGUGAAAGGAGAUGAGUCAGAUCAUAGUGAGUACAGUAUAUAUUUUGUUUUUAUUUGCUUAUAUAUAUAUAAUUUAAAACAAAAUUAUGUACAUAUACGUAUUUUCCUCUUUUUUUUUUGUUGUUGGUUGUUUACUUAAGUGGUAAUCUGGAAUCUACAUGUUUCCAUCUAAACCGUUACUCGAUUUUUUUUCUCCAAAUUGUUUCAAACUGUUUCUAAUCCUUUCAUUAAGUAACUCGUAAUUUUAGUCACUAUUAACAUUACUAUUAUUAUUAUUAUUAUUAUU